CCGCACUGCAGAGCGCAGGCGCAGUCCAAAUCAGCUGCUUUGCAGCGACCACAGUCGCGUCCCUGAUCUUCUGCAGCCGAAAUCCGUGGGCGUUGCACCAACCCCGCCAACGCACUGCACAAACAGCCCACCAAGGACACGGGAGCGAGCGACCGGAAGCCGCAGAGCAUACGAAUCAACACUUCUGGCAAGAGGAAAGGAGCAUGUUCCCCCACUUGAAGGGUCAUGGUCAGCGGGUCAACCUGCAGUUGCUGCAGGAGGCCGCCUGCCGCGAGCUGGUGCAGCAGCUGGAGCGCAUUGAAGGUUCCAAGGUAAUUGUGCUGGACGAGACCAUGAUCGGACCGCUGGACUUGGUUACCCGGCCAAAGUUAUUCGCUGAUCGAGGCAUCCGUCUGCUGGCCCUCAAGCCGGAGCUUCACCUGCCGCGCGAGGUGGCCAAUGUGGUGUACGUGAUGCGCCCACGCGUGGCGCUGAUGGAGCAGCUGGCCGCCCACGUGAAGGCAGGCGGAAGAGCGGCCGCUGGACGGCAGUACCACAUCCUGUUCGCCCCGAGGCGGUCAUGUCUGUGCGUCAGCCAACUGGAGGUCAGCGGCGUGUUGGGCAGCUUUGGACACAUCGAGGAACUGGCCUGGAACUAUCUGCCGCUGGACGUCGACCUGGUAUCGAUGGAGAUGCCCAAUGCCUUCCGCGAUGUGAGUGUGGACGGUGACACUAGCUCGCUGUAUCAGGCGGCAGUGGGCCUAGUGCAACUGCAGCGGCUCUACGGACGCAUUCCCAAGAUCUACGGAAAAGGAGAGUUUGCGCACAGGGUAUGGGAGCACGCCAAGCAGCUUGGCCGGGAUGAGCGGACUCUGUACAACGGCGACAAGGGUGUCGUCGAUCAGUUGAUCCUUCUGGACAGAAGCAUCGACCUGCUCAGCCCGCUGGCCACACAACUCACCUACGAGGGGCUUAUCGAUGAGUUCUACGGCAUCCGGCAGAACAAACUGACGCUGCCCGCCGAGAACUUUCCCUCUGACGGAGCCCUCCCCGGUGGCGGAGGCAGUGGCCCACGCGUCGAGGAAUCGCAGUCGCUGCUGGGUGACUCCGAGAAAAAGACCAUCCUACUGCACUCCGGCGAGCAGUUGUACGCGGAGCUGCGCAACAAGCACUUCAACGAGGUCACCAAGCUGCUCGCUCGCAAGGCACGGGAAAUUCACGUCCAGAUGCACGCCACCUCCCAGGACAAGAGCGUGCAGGAGAUCAAGAGCUUCGUCGAGAACCUGCUGCCGCAGCUAAUGGCCCAGAAGAAGGCCACCUCCGAGCACACGGCCAUCGCUGGCCUCCUGCACGAACAGGUGAACGCGGUGCGCUUCGCUGACGACCUGGCCGCCGAGCAGGAGUUCAUGGUCUGCGCAGAUAUCGACAAGCCGAGCGCCUACAUCGAGGACCUGAUUGCCUGCAGGGUGGAGUUGAAUCGCGUCCUGCGGCUCAUCUGCAUGCAGUGCCACGCCGCCUCCGGGUUCAAGGAGAAGCUGCUUAACCACUACAAGCGCGAACUGGUCCAUGUCUACGGUCUGGAAGUGCUGCUCACCAUCAGCAACCUGGAGAAAUCGGGCCUGCUCCACCUGCAAACGGAGUCGCGGGCUUACAGCGUUCUGCGAAAGACGCUGCACCUCACGGUGGACGACAACGUCGAAAUUGAGCCAAAGGACGUCAGCUACGUGCACAGCUUCUACGCUCCGCUGACCGCGCGCGUUGUGGAGCACUCGCUCAAACCGCUGGGUUGGCAGACGCUUAAGAGCCAGAUCAACAACCUGCCCGGACCGACGUUCGAGGACUUCCAGGCGCAGCUGGUGGGCAUCGGUGGACGGCAUACGGUCACCACAGUCAGCGAGGGAUCCCUGCUGAAUGUGCCGCGAGUGGUGCUCGUCUGCUUUGUGGGCGGAUGCACGUUCGCCGAAAUAGCUGCGCUGCGUUUCCUCGCCGCCCAGGAGGACAACAACGUGGAGUUCCUGAUUGCCACCACGAAGGUCGUCAACAAACACUCCUUCCUGGACAGCCUGAUGAGCUCGUGAGGGCGGCGGCUAAGCCGACUGGAAGCCCAUCGCCUGUCCAACGCCCACGGCCUGGCACGUGGAUGAAACGCGUCCGUUCCGCUGAAGCCGAGAUCAAAGAGAAAGGGCAAGCGGCGCAGUGCGGCAAUCGGGACUGCGGAUCAGAAUCCAGGGUGCUAGGGGCGUUGUGAAUGACACGAUUGCUAAGGACUCGCCGGCACGCGGAAACCCUAAAAUAUUUAUUUUUCGAUCGCGGCAUUUAUUAUUUAUUCUUAUACCCUAUGUAUCGUUAAAGAGCAUGUAUGUAUAUAGAUAGAUGCAAGCAUAUAUAUUUAUGUAUACCGAAGUAUGUAGUCUUAAGCAAAAAAAAUUGCAAAUCCCAUUUAUUCAAGCUUGGCAAUUGUAGAUUUAAGUGCAAUUGAUUCCAACUUCCAAUCAUACACAUACGUGUGCAAGACAAAUAUUUUCGAAAUAAAAAGUUUAGUCAAUGUUAUGCUA